ACUCGAUUGAUAUCAGCCAAGAGGAGAACUGAAGAUACAAAGAAGAUCUCUCUGUUUCGGAAAAUAACUUGUUAUUAUAGAGGAUGGUGCUUCAAGAGGGAACAGACUAGACUAGCCCACCCUUCAUCAUCAUCAUCAUCAUCAUCAUAUAUAACAACUAUCCAGAAUCUUUGUUGCCGAGAUAUAGUACAACAUCCCUGCUUAAUAAGAAUCUUCGCCAAGCUAAAAAGAUUUCAGUAUGGAAGAUGCCGCCUUUAUGCCUAAUACCAUGAUGAAAACAAUUUCAGACAACAGUAUGGAUUUCAGUCUCAUGGAUGAAGUCAUGUACAACGGUCUCUGGUUAGAGACUACUGAUGGAUCUACUUACAUCGCUUUAGAUUCUCCUUCAUAUGACUUUCUUAAUUAUGAGUCUAAGGUGGACUAUUUAAAUCCAAACACUUAUCAGAAAGGUUAUGGAGAGGAAACAGAAAGAUCAUUUUUUGUUGAUAACCCACCUCUUGGAUAUCCCUUAAUUGAAGAUUUUACUGGAAGUCAAAUGCCAAAUAAAGAAACCACGGCAUCUCUGGUUGAACGAAUUGAAAACAACAGAAAAUUGGGGACUAUCUCCAUUAAAAAGAGAUUAAUGCAGGCAAUUGAGUAUCUAAAAGAAUCCACCAGAGAUAGAGACGUGCUUAUUCAGAUAUGGGUCCCUGUAAAGAGAGCAGGCAGGCAUGUCCUUACCACUAACAACCAACCAUUCUCCCUUAAUCCAAACUGUAAGAGUCUUGCACAUUAUAGAGAUGUUUCCAGGAGCUAUCAGUUUGCAGCUGAGGAAGGCUCAAAGGAGUUGUUUGGGUUGCCUGGCCGGGUUUUCUUGAAGAAGUUGCCUGAGUGGACUCCUGAUGUUCGCUUCUUCAAUAAGGAGGAGUGUCCACGUAUUAAUUAUGCCCAGCAGUAUAAUGUUAGAGGUUCUCUGGCACUUCCUGUUUUCGAACGUGGCAGUGGUACUUGUUUGGGUGUUGUGGAGAUCGUGACUACUACUCAAAAAGCCAAUUAUGGCCCAGAACUGGAAAAUGUCUACAGGGCUCUUCAGGCUGUUGAUUUGAGGAGUUCAGAAAUCUCGAGUCUUCCAAAAGUAAAGGAUUGCAACGAGACUUACCAAGCUGCACUGGCAGAGAUUCGAGAAGUGUUGAAGUGUGCUUGUGACACCCAUAGAUUGCCUUUAGCCCAGACUUGGGUACCAUGUAUUCAGCAAGGGAAAGGUGGGUGCCGUCACUCUGAGGAGAACUAUGGUUCUUGUGUUUCCACCAUAGAUUCUGCUUGCUACGUGCCAAAUCCUCAAGUUUUGGGCUUCCAUGAGGCAUGCUCUGAGCACCACCUCCUUAAAGGUGAAGGUGUUACUGGGGGAGCAUUCAUGACGAAUCAGCCAUGUUUUGCCGCAGACAUUACAGCUUUCAGCAAGACCGAGUAUCCUCUCUCUCACCAUGCCAGGAUGUUUGGAUUGGGUGCAGCUGUGGCAAUCCGCCUUCGAAGCAUCUUCACUGGAUUUGAUGAUUUCGUCUUGGAAUUCUUCUUGCCCCUUGAGUGCAAAGAUGCUGAAGAACAAAAACAGAUUCUGAUCUCAUUAUCCUCUGUGAUACAACAUGUAUGUCAUAGUUUACGUGUUAUUACAGACCAGGAAUUAGCUGAAGAAACUGCAUUCCCAGUUAUGGAAACAUUCACCGAUUCAGGUGAUGGAUUAGAUGAAGAAAACACUCAGAAGUUGGUGUAUCCUCCUUCAAAAGAAAAACCUCAAGACGAGUCAUCCUGGAUUGCUCACAUGAUGGAGGCCAAAAAGAAAAGUAAAGGUGUUUCGAUUUCCAUGGGGUCUUACCAGGAGACAGAAGAAGAGUUCAAGUUGACAACCCAUUGGGAUAGCAAUGAGGCAGGGUUACAUCAUAGGCCAGCAUUCUCAGAACAAAGGAAAAUUCAGCAAUAUUCUGGGCCCAAAGGAAGUGCUGAGGGUGAUGGAGACAUUUCUUCUGCUGUAUUGCAUCACACUUCGGGUUCCAGAAAAGCCAGAGGUAGGAGACCAAAGAAGGCAGAGAAGAUUAUCAGCUUGCAAGAACUUCGGCGGUACUUUUCUGGGAGCCUAAAGGAUGCUGCUAAGAGUAUUGGAGUGUGUCCCACUACUUUGAAAAGGAUAUGCAGGCAACAUGGCAUCACCCGAUGGCCUUCUCGAAAAAUCAAGAAGGUUGGCUACUCCUUGAGGAAACUACAACUCGUGAUUAAUUCAGUCCAAGGUGUGGAUGGAGCUAUCCAACUCAGCUCCUUCUAUACAAACUUUCCCGAGCUAAGCUCUUCAAAUUUACCUGGGACUAGUCCCCUCUCCACAUCUAAGACAAAUGAUCGUUUGAAGCUGUUAAACACAAAAUGUGUGGGCAGCUCAUUAAGCCCUGGAACCACUUCGUCAAAAGCACAUUCUUCUUCUCACUGUUGUUCCACUGGAGCAAAGCAGCCAUGUGUCACUGUCAAUGCCCUAUGUAGUGGACAUUCUUUAUCGGCAGGGCAGCCUGGUGAGGUGCUGAAAAAACCUAGCAGUGAUGCAGAUUUGUAUGACUUGUGUCAAGAUGAAACAAAGAUUCUGCUAAGAUCCCAUGGCAAUAAAUUCUUUUGUGAGCAUCCUUCUCUUGAGGUUGUACCUCCUUUACCAAGAAGUAGUGGCCAGCUUUUAGGUGAAUGGAGUACUUUCAGAAUAAAAGCCACUUUUGAGGAAGUUACUAUCCGGUUCAGCAUGCAACAAGGUUGGGGCUUCAUAGAUUUACAGCAAGAGAUUGUGAGGCGAUUUAAUGUAAAUGAUGUCAAACAUAUCAAUCUAAAAUAUUUGGAUGACGACUCUGAGUGGGUUCGUUUGACUUGUGAUGCUGAUCUUGAGGAAUGUAUAGACAUACACAGAUCAUGUGGGAGCCGCACGAUUAAACUUUCAAUCACCAAGAAUCUUGGAAGUUCAUUAGGUAGCAGUGGUCCAUCCUAACUCCAUGAUCUGUUUCUGGUGGCGUAUGGUGGUAGAGUAGGAAAAUAGUAUUGUAAUUUUGUUUGGAAGUGUGAAGCUAGCAGCUUGUCAAAUGGUGUAUUGCUGUAAGUUUCUGUCAGAAUACCACCACUGCAACUUGAUAAUAUAGACCAAUGAGUCUGAAAUGGACUAUUGAAAAUUCAUGUAUUUCGGAUCCUACAAUUCUGUGAUAAAAUUAAGCAUUCAAAACUUUUGGAUA